GUUCGAAUGGCUUACCCAUCUACCUUACAACAAAUUGUUCACUGGUUGUUAAAUGUCACAGUAAGACCUCGGGUUAGAGCUAUCUUGAAGUUGGUUUUUCAGGGGGCGAUUUAUUUCAUUUGGAGAGAGAGGAACUCACGUUUACACUCGGGUGUGAACAAACCGGCCACCCAAAUUGUAAAAGAGAUUCAUGUUCAAAUCAGGGCGAAGCUGUUGGGAAUGGAUAAGGAAAACUCUCUAUCUUAUCAAGUUCGAUCUCGUACUCAGGAAUCUUUUAUCUCCAGAUGGUUCGAUCAGCUUCAAGCGUGAAAGACUAUCAAGCGUGAAAGACUAUCAAGACUAACAAAGACACUGCCAUAAAUUUCUGCUUCACAUGAGUUUCACCAUAUUUUGUGUUUUCGAUUAUGCUGUAGAAAAAUGAUGUAAACUUUCCCUUUUGGGUUCUUUUGGAAAUGAAAAAAAAAAAAAAAAAACUUUCGAUUUUUGAACUUAUAGAUGGAAUUUGUUUGACAAAAAAAAAAGCUACGAAAAGUAUUCGUACGUUCUUCUUUCGUAGUUGUUCUUUAGAACAAAAAAAAAAACAAAAAUUGAAAGAGGAAACCAAGUUGCUUUGGUCUAGUGGUAUAGGAGCUCCAGCUGGAGUGCCCGUUCCCUGCGUUCGAGCCUUGGCCACUGCAGAAUUUACAUGUGGGCUGCAGCACCCGAGACCGAAGACCGUUACACGGUGAGCCACAUGGUGACGCCCUAGCAGCGUCCUUGCUCACUUCGGUCUCUAGUCUGGACCACCUCGGUAGGGCCAGGAUACUCGGUUAGCAAAAAAAAAAAAAAUUAGUGUGGUUAGUUAAAUGUGCGGUUGGCAUUGUUUGGUUGGUUACAAGUUAGUCCAAGUUGACAAUUGCAUGUUUUGUAUUUAUUUCCACAAAGUAAGACCAUGAUCAUGGUAAGGGUCCUUAAGAAAUUUUUUUUUUCUAAAAAAAAAAGAAAAUUAAAAAAUAAACCAAUCGCGGGCUGCCACGUGUCGGUGGAGCCUGCAAACAGUGCGAAAACUUUCCAAAUACCGAUCUAUAUUUGGUGAUUUUGGAGAUUGGUUUUUAAAAUUUUUGUGAGACCCACACGUAACUAAUUCGUCGUUAAAAACCUAAAUAAGAAACUUGGGAUGUUCAUGCUCUAUCAUAUUAACUUAAUUCGUCGUAACCUUUGAAUACUUUAUGGCUUCGGUUGAUGGUCUUCCGAAAUGAGAAGAUGAUCUGGUUUAUUAUUUUUUGUUCAGCAUGAGAAGAUAUAUUAAAUAAAACGACUUAUCUCCCAGGCCAGUUCUAUGUAUUGGAUUGCCUUUAAAGAAUAAUUAAGAUUAAUUGUUAUCCCAUAAAAAGGAAUAAAAUUACAAAAUAUAUUAAACUGGGUUUUGAACCCUUAACAUACAAUGUUAUGAAGUUGUACAUAUUACUUCACUAUAAGUUUGUAUUUAUGUAACGAUGCCCUAUAGAAUUUGGGCUAUAAUAGUAAACCUAAAUAGAAUGAAGAGAAAUGUAAUAAGAAAAACGGAAUGAAAUAGAAAAAUGAAAAAGAUUCACUUCAUUUGUUUCUAUCAUAAUUGUUGUGGAAUAUUUUUAUUUGCAUUUUUAGUUCUUUUUAAAUUAAUUGAAUAUUCAAUUUCAUAGAAUCAAGGGGAUAAAGUAGAUGGAAUGAAAUUAAUGGAAUCAGUAUAAAAAUUGAAUAUAUUCAUUAUGUUCAUUCAAAAUCAAAAUUAUAAAGAAAUGGUUUGGAUGCUUUUCUUUGUAUUUUUUUAGAAUGGUUAUGAAAUUGAUUGAAUGAGUAUUCUAUUAUAUUCAAUUUAAAUUGUGAAAUCAAUUAUAGAAUUAUUGGACUAAGUUAUUCCAUAUCAUUCUUUUCAAAAAAGAACAAUCUAGUUGCAGCCAAAUUUUUAUAUAGAAGUGAUUAUUCCAUUUCAUGAAACGGAAAUCAAGUUGCAGCCUUGGUGUCUGAAAGUAGUGUUUUAACUUAACGCAGGCCAUGUAUCUCGUAAUUCUUUGAAUAAUGAUUGCCCCUUUAAAUUUUCUCCAUUGCGAAUAAAAUGUCAAUUUAUUUUUUUUGGGUCGAAAAAUGUCAUUUUAUUGUCAACGCAGGUGGCUUUCUAUUAGAGGGAAGGAUACGUAAAGGGAAGGUUUCGCACUUGUUUCUAUUUAAUGUUUAUCUACUUUCAAAUGUCAACUAAACACUUUUACCAAAAAAGUUAUCUGGAUAAAAUACCCGAUUUGUAAUUGGUUUGGGGCUUUUGGAUUGUCCCUGCGGUUUAAUACGUUUGAAUUGGCUGUUCGAGCUCACGUAGGAUGACUGACCUUUGUAUGCCCUAUCAUGUGCAUUUCAAUCGCUAUCAUGUGCUUUUCACAUGUUUAUUAGAGACGCUAAAACGCAUGCAAUCCUCUGGUUAUUGGCAUAUUCUCUUCAAAUAUAGAGUACAAUAUAGAUGUAUAGUGUGUUUUUUAAAACACACAAAGAAGAUGAUUUAUAUAUGUCUUUCGUUUUAGAACCAAAAUUAUUAGAAGCAGUGAUAUAGAGAUACUCAUUGCAUCCGAGUAAUGCAAUCUAGCUGAUACAAAUGCACUAGUAAGGAAUUUUCGAUGUACAUUUUAGAUUGACAUGUCUAAAUACAAUCCAGAAUUUUUUUAAAUAGUAAAAAUCGUGCAUAAGUCUCAAACUGUGAUAAGUUAAUCCUAAGAGCAUCAUUUUACUACAAGUUUUUAUGUAGAGAUUGGGUUCUCUUCUUCUAAUCCUUCCCAGCAAAGCCCAACUAGGCAUUAAAAUAUGAUAAAAUGAUGUAUAAAGUUUCAAUAAUUUGGACCCUUGUGAAACAUAAGUUAACCGUCGCUCGUUCAAGUUGUUUUCUUUUAAAGUGAAAUACAAAGGCGACAUGUGAAGCAUGAUAUUUCGAAAAGGUUAAAUGUACACUAAACCAUAAUUUGGAUAUGUUUAAUGAUUAUGGGCAAUAUGAACAGAGAUAAGGGACUACGUAUCUGGACCAUUGUAUAAUUACUCCCUUCGGUACAGUCGUCAUGAAAUAAGACACGAGAUCAACGUGCUGUAAUGAGAGUACAAGAUAUUCAAACAAAUUAAUAUAAUAUUUAAUACCAGUUUCUGUGUAUUUCGAAUUAAAACAUUAUAAAAUGCAAUUAAAACAAAAAAAAAUGUGAAAAAAGAUUCAUCUAUGGAAUUAUAAUAUAGCCUCAAACAAAGAGAGAGGAGGAGGAUCAAAUAUUCAAAGCCGAGAGGAUUAAAGAACCGACAUGAUAAAAUCAUAUGUAGAAGCAAAUCUUGGAGUGUUUGACCACUUCCAAAGUCAACUCUCCUUCAAGUGGGUUACCUUUUUAACUACAAACAAAACACAAAGAACAUAAAGACUAAUCCCUACCUCUCUAUAAAUCAUUCCACGACAAGUCAUAACUUUCCAGCUUGAAUACAAAUCUCUCUAUUUCUCUGCAAAAAAAAUGGCAAAAUGUCUCAUCAAUUCUUGUAUCCCUAUCCUCCGUAGACGCCAAGCAAUAGUCACGCUAGUUUUCUUUGAGCAAGGAUCCACCAAAACCCUAUGUGACUCAAAGAAACACGUCGCCGGAGAAAUCAUGUUCGAGUUUCCCGAUCAAAUCGUGUGCCAUGCAGAUUCAUUCUUCAUCGGCCGUCCCGUUCCAGCUCUAGCCAUGGACGACUAUCUACUCCCAGGUCAAACCUAUUUCGUUUUACCGAUAGAACGUUUCGCUUAUAAAAUCUUAACCACUUCGUGUCUCUCCAUCUUCAACUCUAAUAAUGGUGAAAAAGUUCCGUCUACUAAUCAACCAACGUUGAAUUUCACCGCCCCGUCGAGUCCACCACCGUUCGAGUAUUCUAAGGGAGUAAACGGGAAGGUUUUGAUAAAAGUUUCUCCUGUUUUUAUCAUGAGUCUUAUAUGUAAAAACAGAAACAUGUGCAGCAAAGGAGAGGCGAUAAUAGAUUGUGGUGAGAGCAGUGAGCUUUGUAAUUCUCCCGAGCUAAAGAAGCAGUAUGAUCAGCUUGUGGGAACGAGAGAACACAUAUGGUCACCGAAGUUGCAGACGAUCUCGGAGCAUGAGACUAGGGUUUCUCCAUUAAGGUUCUUGGGGAUUAUUCGAAGGCAACAAGAAGUGAAAUGA